UCUGUGGGUGUUAACGUUGAGGACGUCUGGUUGUCAGAAUAUAGUAGCUAUUAAGUUACUCGCUGACCCACCUCCGAGAUCUUAGUGCGCUUUAUUUCGGUGUGAGUAAUUGUGUGCUGGGGGAACAAUCUGGAAAGUGGGAUACCUCGCACACAACACUCCGUGUGCUUCUUUAAGGAAUCGCUGCCAACAUGGCCAGUGAGAGGACUGCAGAUGGCAUCCAGGCGCCUCUGCCUGGGCGAUGCGGGUACUUUGUGGAAAAGAAGAAGAGAUAUUGCAAAAUGAUUGUUGCAAAAGGGAAACGCCUUUGUGGGGAACAUGCGAAUGCUGCAUCAGAUAGUGAGGGUGACAAACAGAGAAGAAUUCCAUGUCCGCUUGACCCAAAACACACAGUUGAUGAAGAUAAAUUAGAAAGGCAUCUGAAAAAGUGUAAUUCAAGGGAAAAACCCAAACCUGUUUACUAUGUUAAAGAUAUAAAUGGGGGUUAUGAAGAUGCAAUAGAGACACCUAGACAACAGGUUUCUAUUUGUGCUUUGUCCAAACAAGAACUGGAGACAAUGGUUACAAAGCUCCUGAAGGCAACAGACGGUUUGAACUCGAAACUGACAGACCAAACAUUAACUCACAAAGCACUACAGGAGGCUUUGAAUGAUCCAAAAAAUGGAGAUUUUGCCUUUAAACAUUUGAAACAGCAGGCUUCACUUGCUGGUAAUUUGGAAAGAAUUGGUUUGCUUGGAUCUAACAGAUGUUUUGUGGAGUUUGGUGCUGGUCGAGGAAAGUUGUCCCAUUGGAUAGAUCUUGCUUUACGAGAUGCCGAGAACAUUUACUUCCUCCUUGUGGAAAGAGCAACUACACGUUUCAAGGUGGAUGGUAAACAUAAAAAUAGAGGCUCAGUGUUUGAGCGGCUUCAAGUUGACAUCAAAGAUCUCAGCCUAGGUCGGGUGCCUCUUCUUGUAAGAAAAAGAUUACCUGUUGUUGGAAUUGGCAAGCACUUGUGCGGAGCUGCUACAGAUCUUGCUUUAAGAUGUCUCAUGGAAAGCUAUAAAACAAACCUGGAAGAUACUGGCAAGGAACCACCAGAAAAAAGAUUGAAGGGUGAUGAAAUGUGCACGUUAGGAGAUCACAAAUGUCUCUCUAAUUGUACUGUAGAUAGCACUGAGAAAAGAAGUCCUGUCCUGGGACUUGCUAUUGCACUGUGUUGUCAUCACCGAUGUGAGUGGAGGCAUUAUGUAGGCAAGGAAUUUUUUUUUUCACAUGGUCUUGAUGCAGAAGAUUUCAGGAUCUUUCAACGUAUGUCAAGUUGGGCCACCUGUGGAAUGAAACGGCAUCUAAGUGGUAUAGGGGAGGCAGAAUUUGACAAGACAAACCAGAAAGAGCAACUGGAAGAGCAUGAUUUUGAAGAAGAAAGUUUCACUUAUGAAGGGACACUGACUGUAGAAGAGAGAGAACAUUUGGGUCAUCUUUGCAAGCGGUUGAUAGACCAAGGACGAAUCUACUACUUGAAGCAGCAAGGAUUUGAUUCUGUUUUGCAAUACUACAUCAGUCCCAGCAUCUCUCUAGAAAAUGUCCUGCUCACAGCUGUUCCUCUUCCAAAGAUUCAGUAAAGAAAAAAGUGAAUUUUGACAAAUUGAUAUUGGUAUACUGUUAUGAGUUUUGCUGAUACAUUCCUCAUAACAUUAUCUGUUAAGCAAUGAGUUCCACUUAUUGUCCUGUCAUUAAUUCUUCCUGG